CAAAGUACUUUCAAAAUAACCAAUAUUGACAAUAUUACAAACUAUAAAAAAAUUAAAAUAAUUGAAGUUAAGUAUAAACAUAAUUAUCUUCCUAAUAAUAGGCAAAUUCCUGAUACUAGUAAAAAUAAAUUUAAAAAAGCUGAGAUUGAUAAAAAGUCAGAUAAAG